CGCCCUUACAAACUCAAACACAAAUAAAUAAAAUAUUUUUGCUAAUUUGAAAGUGUUAUUUUAUUGAAGCAAUCAAGCAAUUCUACUAAAAGAGUGGAAGCUGCAUUUAUGUUUUAAUAAUUUCAUUUUAAUAUUUCAUAUUUGAUAUAUUUUUUGUUGAUACUAUAAGUUGGAAAUUAGAUAAAAUACAAAUAUGUUGAUGCGAUUGAGAUGUUUAAGUUCAUUCCAAAACUAUGCCUCGAAUGUGCGUAUUUUUCAGACUCGGAAACAGUCUGACUCAACUGACAAUACUAAACAUGAAAAGGAAGGCUCAGAAGAUGAAAUAAAAAUAGCUGGACUUGCAAAAGCCUUAGGUAAAUUUAGACAAUUAGAAAAAUCUGAUAAUGUCUCUGUGGAGACGUCGGAUGUAGAGCCGAAAAGUUUUCUCCAUCUUUUGAGACAUUCAGAAUUCGUUCAAAUGGGCGAUCCCCGAGGAAAAGUGGUUAUCGGCAAAAUAUUUCAAGUAGUUAAUACUGACUUGUAUAUAGACUUUGGUGGAAAGUUUCACUGUGUUUGUCGUAGACCGAAAAGAAAUGCUGAGCUCUAUGUGAGAGGUGCUGAAGUAAAACUUCGUAUUAAUGAAACGGAAUUGAGUGCAAGAUUUCUUGGAGCCUCAGAAGAUUUGACUUUAUUAGAAGCGUGUGGGUCCUUAAUUGAUAUUGUAAAAACACCAGUUAAUACAAUACCUGUUAAGUAGUAAUAAAUAUUAUUGUUUUUAUUCUUGAGUAUUUCUGAGAUGUAGUACAUCAAUUGUAGUAUGAUGGAGGUGUGAAUAAAAGAGAAAAAUAGCA